AUGCACUACAACGACGUGCUUGAGCCGUGCAUGGAAGCACAGUCUUCUGAGUCCUGCGACGGACAGGCUGGCGAGAUCGAUGGCGCGCUCGCCUACAGGAGCUGGGUGGCGUCGCAGUGGAGCAGCAUCGCGGCCACCCCCGCCCUCGUUGCCUUCCAUAAUCUCGUCACCGUCUCGAUAGAAGCGAAGUACCUCCAGGGCCAGCAGCAGCACCUGUACUGCGCCCAGAACGCGGCUGCCGAGGUGCCCGCGGAGUACGUCGGCGACCUCACGCUCCCGCAGGCCGGCACCCUCGCCCCGGUGGCCGUGGGCGUGCCCGGCCUCGACCCCGACUCCAGCACUUUGCCCUGCCGCUAA